AUGUCCCCUCUCCACAACAUCAUUGAAAGGAUGUCUUCAGGAGUAGAAAUGUCAGAGCCAAGUGAAAACCACGAAAUUCAUCCCAUGAGCAACCCCAAUGACUUUGCGUCUUACCACGACGAUUUGGCAAGUGCAAGCGAUACUGAUACACAUUCAAUCAGCACGAACUUUUCAUAUCAUGAUGGAAAAUCAUUAUUGGAACAAGGAAUUAAGAAGCUUGCCUUGCAACAUUUGCAAAAUCAAGACUCUGCUCCCGACACAGUUAAUGCACAGAACAGUUUACACCUACCUCCUUAUCUGAGCAGUUCUCACAUGACAGAUACAGCAACAGCAGCAGCAGCAGCUGUACCACGUAGCGAAAGAAGAAUAUCUCUUUCAGUUCACCCAACAGAUCAAGAUACCCUCCCAGCAACUUCUAGAUCAAAAAGACCAUCGUCGUCCUCGACUUUUGGGGGUUUGGAUCCGGACAGAUUGAAGUCUGCUCAAUAUAAAAUGGGUACAAUUGACGAUGAUGGGCAAAGUGCGCAUGAUAUUCCUUCACCAGAACUGGUCGAAUUGUAUACAAGCGUUCAGGAAUGUCGUGAACUUAGAAAGAGAUAUCAAGAAGUAUCCCUUCAAAAACACCAUCAAAAUCCAAAGAAUAGACCUGAUUGGAAAAUUUAUCCACCACCACCAAAACCCACAUAUGAUGCGGCUAAUAAAACUGUUGUAAAGGUUGAAAACCUUCCUGAUUCUAAAACCUUUGAUGUCAAUGAAUGUGAAAUUCCUGGACCAGAUCCAGACAUUAGCUUCAAGCCUAAUGAUGACGAGGUUUUUGUUUUAUAUGACAACAAAAGUGAAAUGCAAGAAAGAGUGGGCGAAAAAAUUCCCUCUUUAAGAGACUACUAUAUUGAUAUGGAGAAAAUCAUCAGUGUUUCAUCUGACGGACCAGCUAAAUCUUUUGCUUUUAGAAGAUUGCAAUAUUUAGAAGCUCGUUGGAAUUUAUAUUCACUUUUGAACGAAUACCAUGAAACUGCUGUUUCUAAGAAAAAUCCUCAUAGAGAUUUUUAUAAUGUAAGGAAAGUUGAUACUCACGUCCAUCACUCUGCUUGUAUGAAUCAAAAACAUUUACUUCGUUUUAUAAAACACAAACUACGUCAUUCUAGUGAUGAAAAAGUCAUUUUUAGAGAUGGAAAAGUUCUAACAUUAGAAGAAGUGUUCAAAUCUCUAAAUCUAACAGGAUAUGACCUUUCUAUAGAUACACUUGAUAUGCAUGCCCACAAAGAUACUUUCCAUCGAUUUGAUAAAUUCAACUUGAAAUAUAAUCCUAUUGGAGAAUCUCGUUUGCGUGAAAUAUUCCUAAAAACAGAUAAUUUCAUUCAUGGAAAAUAUUUGGCAGAAAUAACUUCUGAAGUUAUAUCUGAUUUAGAAAACUCAAAGUACCAAAACUGUGAGUAUAGAAUCUCUGUCUAUGGAAGAUCCACGGAUGAAUGGGAUAAACUAGCUGCAUGGGUGGUUGAUAAUAAACUUUUUUCACAUAAUGUAAGAUGGCUAAUUCAAAUUCCUAGGUUAUACGACAUUUACAAGAAGACAGGAACUGUGGAAAAUUAUUUUGAAAUCUGUAAAAAUGUAUUUUUACCUUUAUUCGAGGUUACACAAAAUCCUCAAUCACACCCUAAGCUACAUAUAUUUUUACAGAGAGUUAUUGGAUUUGACAGUGUUGAUGAUGAAUCAAAAAUUGACAGAAGAUUCCAAAAAAAAUAUCCAAAGCCAUCUCUUUGGGAUUCCAACCAGAACCCCCCAUAUUCCUACCAACUUUACUAUUUGUAUGCCAACAUAGCCUCCUUGAAUAAUUGGAGAUCGAAAAGAGGCUUCAACACCUUUGUUCUGAGACCCCAUUGUGGAGAAGCUGGUGAUCCAGAGCACUUAAUAUCAGCUUACCUUUUAGCUCAAGGCAUAUCUCACGGUAUUCUUUUAAGAAAAGUCCCCUUCGUCCAAUACCUCUACUAUUUGGAUCAAAUUGGAAUUGCAAUGUCGCCUUUAUCAAACAAUGCCUUAUUCUUGACUUAUGAUAAGAACCCAAUCCAAUACUAUUUCAAAAGAGGUCUUAAUGUUUCUUUGUCCACGGACGAUCCAUUGCAAUUUUCUUACACUAGAGAACCCUUAAUUGAAGAGUACUCUGUCGCAGCACAAAUCUAUAAAUUGUCCAAUGUUGAUAUGUGUGAAUUGGCAAGAAAUUCAGUUCUACAAAGUGGUUGGGAAGCUCAAAUAAAGAGACAUUGGAUAGGGAAACAUUUUGAAAAGGAUGGAAUUGAAGGUAAUGACCAAGAAAAAACAAACGUUCCAGAUAUUAGGAUCAACUAUAGAUAUGAAACACUAAAGACAGAAUUGGAACUUGUCAAAUACUAUUCUGAUUUCAAGAAUAUGGUUCAAUAA